ACAGCUUUUACCCACUUAGCACUGGCCUUCCGUUGUGACAUGUUUACACUCAGGCGGAGGGUACAGGUAGAAGAGCGGGCAAGGAACACAGCUGAGGAGAAUAUUGAGAAGGAACUGGCAGAAUGUUGGACAAUGUUGCAGAAGCUGGACCAGUCCUGUCUAGACAGCAGGUGCAAAGAAAUGGUAGAGCAGCUGAAAAGCAGUCUGACCAUCCUUGCUGGAGCAAUUGAACGGGCAACAGUUGCUGCAGAGAAAUUAGGAGCUGUUCAUCAGGAGGCACGCAUGAGCCGAGCCACAGAAGUGAUGGUCCAGCAUGUAGAGAAUCUGAAAAGGCAUCACCUGAGAGAUCACACAGAACUGGAGGAAAUGAAGAGACUGAUCCAGCAAAACUCUCGCAACCGGCAGCUGGCAGAAAACAGGGAUGACGGGGAGCAGAGAGUGAAGCAUCCUCCAGUGCGAUUUUUUCAACAGGGUUCAGCUCGCCGUAGAGUCAGCAUUGCAGUUAUUCCCAGGCAGCUGACAAUUCACAGUUCUGAAAAUGGACAAGGAUCAGAGGGAGAAGCCAUUAAGCCAACAACAAUGGAGGAAGAAAGCCCAGAAAGCAGACACCCCCUCUUCCCUCAAGAAGAUUUCACUGAUACUAGCUUUAUUCUGCAUGCGGGAUCUUCCAACAUUCCACAUCUGAACUUGCAGAGGACAAAUAGCAUUGAGGGUGACACACGCAGAAGUUAUUGCACAGAAAGGAGAGGAUCAGAACUGAGGAGAAGAACCAGCAUUGGAAAGACAGUAGAGGAAGAAGCCAAUGAAGAACAGGGCCAUGAGGAAGGGGAGGAAGAGUGUGAUGAACUGGAAACCAAUGUUUUCCUGUCCAACGGAGCUGAAAGGGGGUAUUGCAAAGCCUGGUUCUCCAUGCCCACCUACUACUGGGUUUUGAUGUGGCUGUUUUUUCUGGGUAUUGUUUGCCUCAUUCUGAUCCGGUUCCUGGAGCUGCAGAAACAAUAUCCAUUUAUAACUUCUGACUUCUAAGCAUGGAAGGAGCAGAAUAACCAUGCCAGAACAUCAUACCACCAAAAACCAAAAGACUGUUUACUUAUCCAAAUUUUUUAAAACUGGGGGAAAAGAUACUGCUGAGUGUGCAUGACUGGAUACUCAUGUUUGACUCCUGUGAAGACUUCUGGAGGAAUCUGCAAAUAGCUAAGGACAUUUUCUUGAUCCAAGAUGGCUUUUGUUAUUGCUCCGUUCAUGGCCUUCGUAUAUAUGCCCAGUUCACACCUUUGUUGAGACAUGGCUUAAUGAGGUAAUACUUACAAGUCCUUGAAGAAGUGGAAUCAAGGUGUUUCUCCUGUAUUUUCAGGUUUAAUAUCCUUCAAUGUCUGGGUCAAUGAGCAGGUGUAAGAAAGGAAUCAUUGGAUGGAGGUGGCAUGUUCAAGGAUGUGUCCGCAAAGCAGUCCUGGGCUUUUCUGCUCCAGACCCUUUCAUAACUGGUCACUCCUUUCAGCUGCUGCUCAAUUUAAAGCAAAUCACAUAUUUAUAUAGUAUUUGUGGUUAUCUCAUCCUUGAACAGAAAAGGUUUCUCAGGUUUUAUCAGUGUUGAUUACUUUGUACUGCAAAAGCAUGGUAGAAAUCCAUAAUUACAUACAUUGAUCAGGGAGACUUGUCGUAAAAAAAAAAUUCUUAAAAAGGCUCCGCUGCAUGAGGGUGGCAUUGAUUGCAUAAAGUCAUAUUGCGGAGGAAAGGAUGUGUGGCACACCACUCUUCACCACCAGUAGGUGGUGCUCAGGCUAUCCUGCAGCAGCUGAGGGCAUUGCCUUAAAGAGAGAGAGGCCUGGGAGAAGGGUUUGCCUUCCUUCAGGACCCAGGCUUAGCAACACUUGAAAACAUGCUGUGAAGAGUAUUGGGCUGAAUGGGUCUUACAUAUAGGUAACAGGCAUGAGCUGCAGGAAAGGAAGAGAAAUGAGCAUUCUCCU